GCUGAGCUGGAUCAAAGACGAGGAGAAGUCGAUGGAGACGGACGAGGAUCGCGAGCGGCUGCUGGCGCUCUGCGACCGAGCAGUUCGCGAGUACUCCAGUGUGGACCUGUGGCUGGAGUACUGUCAGCUGGCGAUCGGCGGUCUGGCCGCCGAGGACGGGCCGGCCCGCGUGCGCGCCUUAUUCGAGCGCGCGCUCAUCGCGGUCGGCCUGCACGUCACCAAGGGCACCCUCAUCUGGGAGGCGUACAGAGAGUUCGAGAAUGCCAUGUGCAGCGGCGUGCCGCCUGGCGAGGAGAGCGCGGCGGCGGCGGCGCGCGACCGGGUGACGGCGCUGUUCCGGCGCCAGCUGCGCGUGCCGCUGCAGGGGCUCGAGCUCACGUGGGCCGAGUACGAGGCAUGGCUAGCCGCCGCUCCCACCGCCGCCCAGCCGGACGCCAACGACCGGCGCGAGUACGACAAGGCCUGCAAGCGGCUGGAGACGCUGCUGCCGUUCGAGGAGGCGCUGACGAGCGACGAGACUGGCGGCUCGGUGGCCGCCUACCAGCAGUACCUGAGCCACGAGCUGGCGCACGGCACACCGGCGCGCGUGCAGCACGUGCUGGAGCGCGCCGUGCUCGACAACUGCCUGGCGCUGGAGCUGUGGCAGGCGUACACGCGCUACCUGGACUUCGACCACGAGCGGGCCGUGCGCCACCUGGCCUGGUCGGCCGAGCUCUGGGAGCACUACAUCCGUGCUGUCGAGCGGGCCGGCGCGCCCCUCCAGCGAGCAGAGGAGCUGGUGACGAGGGCGCUGUCCAGCGGGCUGCAGACGCCGGCCGACUACCAGCUGGUGUGGCUGACCUGGCUGGACCUGUACCGCCGCCGGCUCAGCCAGGACGGCACCAAGGGCGCCGAUCUCAUGGAGAAGAUGCGGGUCCAGUUCAACAAGGCGUGCGAGCACCUUGCGCAGACGUUCGGUCUGGAGGGCGACCCCGAAUGUACGCUGCUGCAGUACUGGGCCAGCCUGGAGGCGGCCAACGGCCUGCUGAGCGAGGCCGUCGCCCUCUGGAACGACAUCAUGAGCCAGGGACACGACAAGUCGGCCAGGAUGUGGCUCCAGUACCUGCGGCUCGUCCAGCGGUUCGGGACGCCGGAGCAGCUGCGCAAACUGCUGGUGCGCGCGCUGGACCGCACCGUGGACUGGCCAGAGAGCGUGUACGAGAUGUGGGCGGCGUUCGAGCGCGAGCGGGGUACCCUGCAGACCUGGGACGAGAUGACCUACCGGAACGCCGGAGGUGGUGAAGCACUGCAAAUGCCGCCUCCGUCGCCCGGCUUCAAACCGCCCCCGCCGCCCGGGUUUAAACCACCCCCACCGCCUGGCUUUAAACCGCCGCCGCCGCCGAGCGAGACGCGGGAGGACGAGCGGCGGGACCGACCGCCAAAAGGUGACGAGGGCGGCGGCACGGGCGACGUGGAGCGAGACUCGCGCACCGUGUUCCUCAGCAACCUGGACUUCGCCACGGACGAGGCGCGCCUGCGCAGUCACCUGGCCGACGUGGGAGACAUCACCGAUGUGCGCCUGGUCAAAGACUACAAGGGCCGCUCCAAGGGGUUCGCUUACCUCGAGUUCUCGACCAUUGCGGCGGCCGAGGCGGCGUUUACAGCGCGACCGAGCUCCCAUCGACGCAGCCCCAGCAGUGCUUCAAAUACAACCACCGGCCUGGAGCGUAACAAGCUGUUCGUUCGAGGCCUGCCGUUCAGCGCCACCGCAGACGACCUACGGCAAAAGUUCUCCACGUUCGGCGAGCUGAAGGACGUGCGGCUGGUCAUCAGAAACGGCCACUCUAAGGGGCUUGCCUACAUCGAGUUCAACGAGGAGGUGAGCAUGCCUCGGACCGCUCACGGUCGGCAGCGGGCCGCGGCCGAGGCGCUGCUCAAGACCGACAGCACCGUCAUGGACGGCAAGACCAUCAGCGUGGCCAUCAGCGAUCCUCCCAAGGCCAAGGGCCGGCCGACAGAGCAGCGCUCGCUGGGGCCGGGCGGCCGCGGCGGCGCCAGUCGCGGACGGCUUCAGGUCGCCUUCGUGCCCCGAGCACUGCAGAAAAAGGAGGCGCCGGCCGAGUCGGCCGCGCCCCAGGCGCCGACGCCCAAGAGCAAUGCCGACUUCCGCGGUCUGCUCUUGUCCAAGAAGUAGGCGGUGGUCUGCCGUGACGGGGAGCUGUCUCACAAGUCUUUGCUCCCAUUUGCAUCGUAGCUGACAGUUGAUGUGCAGCCAAUACAGAGCGAUCGUUUGUA